AUGUCUUCCUUCUGGAAGUACUUUGUUACUUCACCAGCUUCAGAACAGGGUGGCCCGGUGUUACCAGAAACUCUGGCACCACCCCCGACUCAGAAUACUGGUCCACAUGCACCACUGGGUGAAGACAUAGACCGCGUUUUUUUUCAAUUCCAACUCACGAUGCGACUGGAGCAACGACCACCGUCUGCGAGGGCUUAUUCCCCUCAAAUGACUCGCGCCCGAAGGCGUAAGGGUGUUACAUAUUGCGGCCCCGGCACAGGAGUGGAUAACCUCACCGUUAACAUCCGGUCUGCGCGUGCUUCUGGUACUAUUAAUACAGUCGUUCCUAGUCGCACGAACCUACUGAGUGACUGA